AUGGAAACUAAACAGCAAUCGGUAGGUGAGGAAGAGUCCAAAGUUGUCCAGAAAUGGCAGGCUGAGCAGGAAGCUACUCGUGAACCUAUAGAGAUGUCAGAGUCUCAAGCUAGCUCAGCCGAGAAAAGUCCGUUAGGAAUUUCAGAACCCGCGGUCAAAGUCUUCAAGCAAUUGGUCGGUGAAGCUUUAUCCCAAAACCAAAAAGACUUGCAUACAAACCUAAUGUUUAUGGAUUAUGUGAAAAAUGUGCUCAAAAAACAUGAUGAAGGAGCAUCAGGAAUUCCAACUUACAUUUUAAGCUCAGAGAUCCGUAAAUAUGAAGAUUCUCAGAGUCCUAAGUCAGCUCCCCAGCCAUCUCAACCAGAAAACAUUGUUAUGUCCGCAAAGUCCACAGAAUUGUUCAAAACUAUGAUUGAACAAAAACUCAAAGAGCCGUUUGUUGCUAGCCAAAAUAUAGCAGAAGAUGAAAGGUUUAUUGAUAAUGUAAAAUCAUCAUUGAAAAAAAUUGACCCUCAAUUAGAAGAGCUUCCAAAGGCAUAUGUCAAGAAAUUUGUUGAAGAUUAUUCUAACUCUCUGUGAGCGAACAAAAAAAUUUUUUAUUUCAUGGAAUUUUUUUUUUUUCAAAAAUUAAAAAAAUUUGUAAAAAUUUAUAUUUUAAAAGAUUGUUUAAAAUUAAACAUAAUUUGCUAGAUAUUUCAUAUACUAAUAGUCACUUAUAUAUAAAACCUUUUUCUAUUAAAAAUUUUUUGUUCACUAACAGAGACAAAAUAUAGGGAUUUUUCCAAUGAUUUUGUUCGCUUACGGAGGAGGGAGUAAAGAGAAAAAGGAGGAAAAUGCUCCAGAGCCAGUUCCCCGCAACUCAUCACCAACGAGAGGAUUACAUUUGAAUUCUCAAUCAGAAGAAAUUUUCAAAGGAGUUUUAAAGGAUUAUUUGAAAAAUAAUCCAGGAGAACAAUCAUUAUCAACAAAUCCAUCUUUAAUUGCUUUAAUCAAAAAGAAGCUUGAAGGAGUUGACAAUACAAUCGCAUAUGCGCCAAACACAUUAGUAGCAAAGCGUAUUGAGGCCUUCUUAACCGAAGAAAAAAAAGAAGUUGAAAGUUCUUUCCCUAAAAAAGUCAACGAAAGCAGUGAAUUUUUGCCAGAAAAAUUAAUGUUGAAUCCUCAAGCAACGGAAGUAUUCAAUAAAAUGAUAGAGGAAAAAAUAAGACAGCAGCCUGAUAAAAUAUCUUCAAUUUCUUCAGACACAGAGUUCAUCGCUUCAUCUGCUAAUAAAAUAAAGGCUCAAGAUGGAUCAGUAGUUUUAGCGCCAAAAAUUUUAAUAUCAAAAUAUAUUGAAGAUUAUAUAAAAAAUCGCCCACAAGGCAAAAAAUUUGAUACUCAAGGCUUUAUUCAGAAAUUUGGAGAAAAAAAACCAGCAGAAAUCGAUAAACCUCCUUCAGAAUCAGAAAUUAAAUAUUACUUGAAUAAUCGGCAGCUUUCUGAAGCCCAAAUCACUGAAGAGCUACUUAAAAAAAUGCUUCAAACUAUUGCAGACAAGCCAGAAAGUGCCAAAAGCAAUAUCAUCAAUAAUCAAUUAGCUGUAGUUACCAAAGCUCUCAAUGAAGCCCAGCCAGACAAAAAAGAAAAAGCUAAUAAAAUCAUGUUUCUCCUAAACUACGAAGUACAAAAACUGAUCAAGCCUAAAGAACCAAUAGAGAGUCCUAGCUUUGAAACCCCAGGAAGAAGGGAUGAAAGUGAAUCCCCAACACCAAGACAAGCAAUAAGAGAAUUACAGCCAACCCCUCAAAUUGUAUCACCAAUAAAUGACAGAUCUUCCCUCUCUUCAAUAGAUCAAGAAAUUAUUUCUCAACUUGAAGACAAGCCGAAGCUUCUUCAACUUCAAAAACAGCUCAAUGAAAAAGAAACCACUAUAAAUUCUUUAAAUCAAGAGCUAAAAAUAGCACGUGAUAAUAUGUUUAAGUUUAAAGAAUUACUCUGGCAAAUUGCCUUCAGUCUUCUUUUACUUAAGGCCCAACUACAUUAAAUAGCUCUGAAUAACGGUAGGUUGACCGGCCUAACUGUCAAACCGUUAAAGUUAAUAAGCCCGUUAAGACUUCUCUAGUCAUUGCCAGCCUCAGCAACGACUUCUUCUCUUCAAGCCGAGACUCUCAAGGAGCUUGACUUCUCUCACUAAGCUCAGAUAAUAGGACCCGGACCUGCUUAGCAGGAGUUAGGACAUAUCCCUAACUGACAUUUUUAAUAUUGUAUGAUAAUAUAAAUGACUACAAGAAUAAUAUAAGUGUCCUUGAACUCAAUAUAGAAGAGCUUAACCUGCAGCUAAAAGCCUCAAAAAAUCAAGCAACCUCAAAUAUCAUUGAAGAAAAUACCAGAUUGAGCAAAAUCAUUAAAGAUUUAGAGCAAUAUGGUUCUUACAACUUAAAGCAAGAAAUCGAAAACAAAGAAUCAGAAAUAAGAUGCUUAUUGGAGGAACAAGAAUAUUUAAGAAAGAAAAUAGAUGAAAAAAGCAGGGAAAACGAUAAAGCGUUUUGGCAGUAUCAAGAUAAUAUAAAGCAAAUACAAGAAUUUUAUACGAAAAAUAAUUGGAGUUGGCAAGAAGAAAUUGAAGAAAUUAAAGAGAGGAUUAGAAUUAUUAAACACAGAAGCUAGCCAUAUUGUGGCGCGGCCACUAAGAUGUCCUGUAUGAGAGGUUCAUCAUUUUGCGACGAACUGCUCAGCAGCUAUACCUGUAACCGGUGCAAUUGUCUCCUCUUUGGCUUGCAGCUUUAGUCUUGAGUAGGCGGCUUAUGGAUUUCUGCAGCUCUGCGGCGAGUGAUUGGGAGUAGCUUGAUUCCAGGAGCUCCUUGGAGUCUAUCGGGCUCCAGAGUGCCUUUCUUUUGCAGUCACAGGAAAAAGACUCUUCCCCUAUGGCCUAGGCCGACCGGUUUCUUGGUAGAGGAUGCCCAAGUGUCCGAAUGACAUUACCGACUUCCUCCCCUCCGUGAACGAAAAAAAAAUUUGAUAUAUUAAUGAUAAUUAUUAUAACGAAAUAUCUAGCUAAUUUUGUUUAAUUUUUAACAGUUUGCAAUUUAAAACUUGAAUUUUACAAAUUAAAUUAAUUUUGCUUUGCAAUUUUUGCCACUUUAGAUUUUUUUCAAUUUCGACUAUAAAAUUUAUAAACCCCCUCCUUAAGCGAAAAUUUUUUUUUGUUCAUUCACGGAGGAGGGGGAGUGAGCACAUUCAAUUCGAACCACAGGAAACAGCCAAAACCUACCCAGAUACACAUUUGCUGAGGCUGCACAUAUUUUGGACUUGGAGUUCGUUCCAGUUUGCUGUAGCCUUAAGGUCUGGACUGUUGUGCCAAGAGGGCAGGCUAACACAUGUUGCCAUUUUAAUGUAUAUAGAAAUUAAGGAGAGAGAAGAAGAAUUGCUGAAGAAAGAAAUCGACUUAAAAGAACUUGCUUACAAGCAGAAAUUAGAAAAAGAUGAGCUUGAAAGAAGUGUGCAGAUGCUGAAUGGACUAAAAUCUGGAGGAAAGCAAAGGUCAUCAAUUGAAAUGAUUUGGCUAGGGAUCUUGUGUUUUGCUGCUGGAAUUUUCAUUAAUUAUUACUUUCCUCAGGCUUAA